AUGGGUGGAGAGGACGAAAGCUCCGCUACCCAACAACCUGUGAGCGGUUCAGCCGGCGUUCCUCUCUCCUUGGCUCGUCCGUCAACACCAGUGCCAACCUCAACAACAAAACCACCGCCUGCUUGGCCCUCGGACAAGACGCCCAUCGUCUGCACUAUCGGGAACUUGAUGAAGCCUACAACUGUGGGCCCAAAGGAUGGAAUUUGUGACUACGUCUUCUACGACUUCUUAUACUCCAGGGGAUCGGGAACUUUUGUCGACGCCGACACGCGCUCCCUACGAGUGUUCCUGAAAUUCAUGGAAACUAUGACCCAAAACAAAACCGCAGUAACGAAAUUCGGAAUGGGUAUAAGUUUUUUGUAAGAAAGUUCUUUCAAGAAUCAACUAGAAAAGCUUUUCGGAGCAUCGCGUGGGCGCUGACUUGGUGUUUAACCGUGAAUCUAAGCCAAUGUUGUUCCCAGCAAACAAUGUGGAAUAACCUAGGUCUAACAUUAGUGGGUUUUAGUAGAUGGUUCCGAUUGGUCCCCAGAACGUGUCCCGCUAACGAUACGAUGCGUGCAGAAAGGCGUUGGCGGAGUAUCGGGUGUCUAUUUCGGAGUCAUCAGAAUGAUCUCCUAAAAUUCUAUUACCAGCGCUUAUCUGCCGUGUUCGAUCGAGAAAAUAAAGUCGUGUA